AUGCCAUCUAAAGCGACGGAGCAGUCGCCGCUCGUGGCCGCGCCUGUGCUCAGCGAUACGUGCCCACACGACGUUGGCGCCUAUGGGAGCUCGCUCCUCUUCUCGUGGCUCACGCCGCUUCUGGACCUCGGCAACCAACGCCCGCUGCAGUUUAACGACCUCUACCAGCUCAACCCAACCGACCGCGCGACCAACGUCGACGCGACCUUCCAGCGCUUCUGGGCGAUUGAGGCCGCAUCGCCUAGUCCACGCAUGUGGCGCGCUGUGUUGCGCGCGUUCGGCGGGCCCUUUCUUAUCGCGGGUCUGCUCAAGGUGCUGCACAUUGGGAGCCAAUUCGUGGGGCCACUUCUGAUCAAGUCGAUCGUCGCCUACUUGAGCGACCCGGACGCGACGCUGCUGGAAGGCUUCGUGUACGCUGGCGCUAUCUUUGUCGCCGGCGUGCUCCAGUCGUUUGCCUUGCGACAGUACUACUUCAAGUGCUACGAAGUCGGCUUGCGACUGCGCACCGCGGUCGUCAUGUCCGUGUACCAAAAGCUGACCAACCUCAUGAGCCUCGACGCGCAGCGCCUCCAGACGCUGCCCAACUACGCGCACGCGGCGUGGUUCACCAUCGUUCAAGUCAGCGUUGCGUUCUACCUCAUGUAUGUGCAGCUCGGCGUCGCAUUCGCUGCCGGCAUUGCUAUCACGCUCUUGCUACUGCCGAUUUCCAGUGCCAUCUCGCGGGCGAUGCGGUCGCUGCAGACACCGCUCAUGCACGUGAAAGACGUGCGCCUCAAGGUCAUUUUUGAAGUCCUCUCCGGCAUCAAAGUGCUCAAGCUCCAGGCAUGGGAGCCUUCGUACCUCGAGCGUAUCUUGUCGAUCCGAUCGGAUGAGCUCCGACAACUCCGGUCGUAUGUUUUUGCCAAGAGCUACGCCGGCGUUGUCUUCAACGCUGUGCCGUCGAUCGUCACGGUUGUGUCAUUCGCCGCAUUUGUCUACUUGGGCAACACGCUCGACGUUGGCACGGCCCUCACCAGCGUCGCGCUCUUUGAGAUUCUGCGGUCGCCGCUCAACAACGUACCCGAGGCCAUGAACGGGGUCGUCGAAGGCUUCGUGAGCUUUGGCCGCCUCGAAGACUUUUAUGGCCGCCCCGAACGCGUGCCGGUGACGCACGGUGCCUUGGCAUCGCCCGGCAUUGAGCUCGCCGACGCCGCCUUUACGUAUGCCGGCAGCGAGGCGCCGGCCCUCGCCCACCUCUCGGCGCGCUGGGGCAUGAACCACGUCGUGGCGGUGGUGGGCGCCGUCGGGUCGGGCAAGUCGUCGCUUCUCCACGGACUUCUCGGCAACGUUCCGUGCACGCAAGGCCAUGUGCAUCUGCGCGGCUCGAUCGCGUACGUCGGGCAACAACCUUUUAUUCAGAACGCGACGCUUCGAGACAACAUCACCUUUGGCUUGCCGUUCGACGCGCGCAAGUACAAGCACGCGGUCGCCGUGAGCUCGCUUCAAGCCGACCUCGCGGUCUUGCCCGGCGGCGACUUGACGGAAAUUGGCGAGAAGGGCAUCAACCUCAGCGGCGGUCAGCGCACGCGCGUGGCCUUGGCGCGCGCCGUGUACAUGGACGCCGACGUCUACCUCCUCGACGAUCCGCUCGCUGCCGUCGACGCGCAUGUUGGCGCCGACAUCUUUAACCAGUGCAUUGGCACGGCGCUGAAAGGGAAGCUCGUCGUGCUUGUUACGAACGCGCUGCAGUUUCUGAGAGAUGUCGACUCGAUCGUGGUGAUGGCCAACGGCGCGAUCGUCGAGACGGGACCGUACGCUGCAUUUGUCGCUGCUCCGGACGCGCACCCGGUGCUUUCGGCAAUGCUAGCGUCGAUCCAGUCAGCGCCGGACGAUGCGACCGAUGCGUCCAUGGUGCCAUCGAUUACAGCCGAGCAAGCCAAGCGGUCGGCUGCGAUUUCGUCCGACACGACGACGCGGGGGAACCUCAUCGCCGACGAAGACCGCGCGGUUGGCAACGUGCCAUGGGCCACGUAUAAAGCGUGGUUGACGUCGUGCGGCGGCUACAGCGUCGCGCUCGGCAUCUGUUUGCUCUUUGCUUUCGCCCAAGCGACCCAAGUGAGCAGUACGCUCUGGCUUUCAUACUGGUCGAUGCACGCCGACCCGACCAACCAAGCGUCUUACCUCCUUGUCUUUGUCGGGCUCAACCUCCUCGCAUCCGCCUUCGUCUUGCUCCGGUCGAUUGGCUUUUACAUGGCCGGUCUCCGCGGCUCCAAAGCGCUCUUUGAGUCAGUGGUGGCCACGGUCCUACGCGCGCCGAUGCAGUUUUUUGAUACGACGCCGCUCGGUCGCGUCAUGAACCGCCUCUCCAAAGACGUCUACACGGUCGACGAGUCGAUCCCGUACAAUGCGAGCUUUCUCCUCAGCUCGCUCAUGACACUCCUCUCGGCGCUGACGAUGACGCUCCUUGUGACGCCGCUCUUUGGUCUUGCGCUGCUUCCGCUCACUCUCCAGCGCAUGGACGCCACGUCGCGGUCGCCAGUCUACGCGCUCUUGACCGAGACGCUCGACGGCCUCGCCACGAUUCGGGCAUCGAACGUUCAAGCCUCGUUCCUUGCGCGCCAAGCCUACCUCUUGGAUAGAAACCAACGCGCCUACUACCUCUCGUUCAGCGCCGAGUGCUGGCUAGGCCUGCGCGUCGAAUGCAUUGGGGCACUCGCGGCCGCCACGGCGGUCCUCCUCGCCGUCCUCUCGCCGCACAGCGCAGCGUUUGCCAGCGUUGCCGGUGUCUCGCUCUCGUACUCGUUCAACGUGGCCCAAGUGCUCAACUGGACCGUUCGGUUUCUUGCAAUUGUGCAGACUCAAAUGGUGUCGGUCGAGCGGUUGGAUGCGUACCAAAAUCUGGCGACCGAAGCCGCGUGGACAACAUCAACGCCGCCGCCGCAGAGCUGGCCACGCCUCGGACGGGUCGUGUUUGAGAAUGUGGAUCUGCGCUAUCGGGACGGCCUCCCGCGGGUCCUUCGAACCCUCAGCUUUGCGCUGCGUCCGAACGAAAAGGUGGGUGUUGUCGGACGCACGGGCGCUGGCAAGUCGAGUCUCGUCGUCGCCCUCAUGCGGCUCGUCGAGCUCUCGGGCGGUCGCAUUCUGCUCGACGGCGUCGACAUUGCACAAAUUGGUCUCCACGAGCUGCGCGGGAAGAUCGCCAUCAUUCCGCAAGACCCGCGCGCGCACCUCGAGAUCGCAUCGUUGGACGAUGUUGUCGACGAGCGCGGUCUGAACUUUAGCGUCGGCGAGCGCCAACUACUGUGCAUUGCCCGCGCGCUGCUCAAGAAGGCCAAACUCAUCUUGAUGGACGAAGCGACGGCGUCGAUCGACCCGAGCACGGACCGGCGCAUCCAGGAGAGCAUCCGCACCGAGUUUGUCGACUGCACGACGCUCACGAUCGCCCAUCGCAUCAAUACGAUCCUCGACUGCGACCGCGUCCUCGUCAUGGACCAGGGCGCCGCCGCAGAGUUCGAUGCGCCAAGCGAGCUUCUCAAGAACCCCCACGGACUCUUUACGAAUCUCGUCGACCACUGGCGCGAGUCGGACGACUGUUAG